AUGCAAAUCCCGCUUGCCUUGGGCGUCCAGACAGGCGGAAGCGUCAUCCGACCAGCAGCCUACUGUGGGACAUUCGCUAUGAAACCCACGUACAACGCCAUCUCAACCUCGGGGCAAAAGAUAGUCUCCUCGACAUUCGAUACUAUCGGCUUCUUUGCUCGCAGCAUAGCGGAUCUGGAGUUACUAGCAGAUGUCUUUUCCCUCGCUGACGACGAGCACCCAAGAAAGGUAUGCUUGGAUGAUAUCUCAGUCGCUCUUGUCAAGACACCCAUGUGGUCACAUGCCGGCCCUGGUACUAUACAUGUCAUGCAAAAAACAGCCGCGAUACUGCAGAACCACGGCGUCCAAGUCGAAGAAGUGUCACUACCGGAUGACUUCGGUGAUGCAGACACUUCAACGCGCUUACAAAACGCAAUUAUCGACGCUGAGGCCGCCCUCGCUUUCCACGAAGAAUACCGUCUACACAAGGAUGGUUUGGACGUCUCAAUUCGGAAUCUAGUAGAAAACCACUCCAAACACGCUGAUGCAGAAAAAGAGAAAAGCGAAGCACUGGAAAAGCACACGCAUCUACGUACACUAUUCGACACGAUAGCGACCAAGUAUUCUGUCAUCAUCGCGCCAAGUGCUGUAGAUGAGGCGCCGGUGGGGCUUAACGAUAUGGGGAGUCCGGUUUUCAGUACGCUGUGGACGGGUCUGCAUGUGCCAGUGGUGCAUAUAUCUGCUUUCAAGGGGAUGAACGGCAUGCCCGUUGGUGUUUCUCUCAUUGCGGGUAGAGAGCGCGACGGGCAUCUUCUUCGGGUUAGCAGAGUUCUUGGAGAGGUUCUUGUGGCUGAGGGUGGUUGGCAGUCGAAGGCUUCGGACGUUGAUCCGUGCUAG